CCAUGACCAAGAGGAAGACUGACAAAUUGUGGAGUUAGUGCUGCAACACAUCUGCAUUUGCUGGAAUCUUUUUCUCUUUGACCCAAUAAUUUUCUAAGAAACCUGCAAUGUACAAUGAUCACUCAUCCAAUGUGACUUCUGCAUUUUUUCCAAGUCCCAAAGUGGUUUAUUACAGAUGUGUUUGGCUGUAUUUUCUCUGUGACAAAUUUGUGUGGAGUGAUACUCACUAGAUCAGGAAAACAUGGCGCUAUUUCGGGACAUGGUGUCCAUCACAGAGCAUCUCUACCUCAGCAGUGGUGCCGCUGCCUGUAACAAACCUAAGCUCAACUCCAGGGGGAUCACAUGUAUCAUCAACGCUACAACCAACCUACCAGACCCUAACAUACCUGGGGUGGAGCAUGUCAGGGUGCCUGUUAACGAUGUCCCUCACUCCCAACUCUCUGCACACUUCGAUGGGGUCUGCGACAAGAUUGAGUCGGUUCAGAACCAGGGCGGCCGUACCCUGGUACACUGCGUAGGAGGUAUAAGCCGCUCCUCAGCUCUAUGCCUCGCGUACCUGAUGAAGCACAAGAAAAUGACACUAGAAGAAGCUCACACCCACGUAAAGGCCAGGAGGCCCUUCAUAAGGCCAAACAUCGGGUUCUGGAGACAGCUGAUAGAAUAUGAGAAGACUUUGUACAAGAAGAACUCCGUGACUAUAAUAGAGUCAAAUAUAGGACCAAUACUGAGUGUAUAUGAGAAAGAAACGCAGGGUAUGAUGUGGUAG